AUGGCACCUAUCCGCGUCGGACUGAUUGGGCUUACUGUUGGAGAGGGUAAAGCGCUGGGGAGAGGCGCUUGGGGUAUCGCAGCCCACUUACCGACUUACACCAACUCUCCAAACUAUGAAAUUGUCGCUCUUUGCAAUUCUUCUGUUGAUGCCGCAAAAGAGUCAAUCGCGUAUCACAAGUUACCUGCUACUACAAAGGCAUAUGGCAAUCCCGAGGAUAUCGCCAAUGAUCCCGAUGUUGACCUUGUCGUCAUCUCCGUCUAUGUCUCAAAGCAUCAUAUGCUUGCUUUGCCAGCCCUGAAAGCAAAGAAGCAAGUGUUUUGCGAGUGGCCUCUCGGCGCUACUACGGCAGAGGCAGAGGAAAUGGCCCAACUAGCCAAGGGCUUGAAGGUUAUGACGGGAUUGCAAUUUCGCGCAGAUCCUCUAAUUACCAAGGCCAAGCAGCUGGUCGACAACGGUGUUAUAGGCCAGAUUACGAGCACAACGGCUACGGGAUGCUUUAACAACUAUCCAGCCGAUACAUGGAAUGCAAAAGCAGAUUAUUUCCUUAACUUUGAGGGGUGCACCAAUGAGUAUACCAUCUCAUUCGCUCAUUUCCUGGACUCGUUCACAUAUAUUAUGGGGGACUUUGCUAGCCUGCAGUCGAUUUUAGAUAUUCAGUAUAGCACCGUUAAGCUCAUUGAUUUCGAGACUGGCGAAGUCACUGAACCUGCUCGCAAAAAGACGGCCCCAGAUCACAUCUUUGUUAAUGGUAAACUGGAAAGCGGCGCCGUUGCUAGCCUUUCUUUCCGCAAAGUGACGAAGACGGUUGAUGGCAAAGGCUUGCGAUGGUUCAUCUCGGGCACCAAGGGAGAGCUGGAAAUCACUAUUGAGGGUCCCAACUUUCAAAUGGAUGUUGCUGCGAAGCAGCUGCGUCUGGUCGAAAACUCGACCGGGCAGACACAAGACGUUGACUUUACUGAUGCCCAGGAGCUCCCCUAUGUUAAGAACGUCCCUGUCAUGGGUGCAAACACAUCUAGGCUCUGUGAGAAAUUCGUGGUGGCCCCAACCGAAGUCGCCGACUUCGAUGAUGCCCUGAAGCUUCACCAGCUAUUGGAUAAAAUUGCAGAGGCAGCUAAUUACCCAUACAAGGCUUAA